CAGGGGAGGACUGACCAUUGGGGAACUCGGGCACUGCCCGAGGGCCUGGGGUCAGUAGGGGGCCCCAUGAGAUGUCCCUGGUACCUUUCAUAGGCUUUUUUGAUGUGGGCAAGGACACAGGGGCCUCAUGAUCCCCUAUUGCCCGGGGGCCCCAUGAGUUGUCAGUCCGCCCCUGCAGAAGUCUCUUUAUUACUCUCAUGCAGGGGCGGACUGACCAUUUGGAAAUUCGGGCACUGCCGAGGGCCCGGGGUCAGUAGGGGGCCGCAUGAGAUGCCCCUGGUACCUUUUUCAUAGGCUUUUUUGAGUAUGGGCAAGGACAGAGGGGCCCCAUGAUCCCCUAUUUCCCAGGGGCCCCAU